AUGAACACUCACACCCAGCCUGCGACCGGCGCCAGGACCCUGCGGUCCACCAGAAGAUACCGGAGCCUUAGGAGGAACUCCAGGAUCCACACGCUCUACCAGCACCAGCGCCAUCACCCCGGCCAAUCGGAUGAGGAGGACAGAGAGGACGAGCGCGUGGAUAGCAGCGACCCUGAGGAAAUAUUCCAGAACAUUCAGCUCCAGAAGGAGAUCAUCGCCAACAUUCGCACCCGACCCUGGCCAAUGAGACGCAAGCUCAAAGCCCUCAAGCAUGCCAGAGACAUUGUUCUGAAGUAUGAAGGCCGGCUAACCAGGACCCGGGGAUACCAGACUGCAGGAGCUGAUCUGCUAAAGAAACUUUCUCGCUUGCUGUAUAACAUCGUAGUCCUGUUCAUUCCAUGGGAGAUGAGGAUAAAGAAGAUUGAGAGUCAUUUUGGGUCAGGUGUGGCCUCUUACUUCAUCUUCCUAAGAUGGCUGUUUGGAAUCAACAUCGUUCUGACCAUCAUGACCGGAUCAUUUAUCGUCCUGCCUGAGCUGCUGGCAGGGGCACCCUUUGGAACAACCAGGAGCAAGACCAUUCCCAAAGAGCAACUGGCCUCCGCACAGGACCUGGAUACCAUCUGGUCUUUAGGGGGCUACCUUCAGUACUCCGUCCUGUUUUAUGGAUACUACGGAAGGGUCCGGAAGAUUGGGAGCGCCGGCUACCGGCUUCCCCUGGCCUACUUUCUGGUUGGGAUGGCUGUUUUUGCCUACAGCUUCAUCAUUCUGUUAAGAAAGAUGGCCAGAAAUUCACGUCUCAGCCUAGCCAGUGCCUCUGAUGAGAACUACACCUUCUGCUGGCGCCUGUUCUGUGCCUGGGACUACCUAAUCGGCAACCCUGAGGCUGCAGAGAGCAAAGGAGCGGCCAUCGUCAACAAUAUCAGGGAGGCCAUUGUUGAAGAACAGGAGAAGGAGAAAGACACAAGCCUAGCUGUUCUGGUCAGUCUGAGGAUCCUGGCAAACAUCCUGGUGUUGCUCUCUCUGGCUGGGAGCAUCUAUAUCAUCUAUUUCGUAGUUGACCGUUCUCAGAGGCUGGAGCAGGAGAAGCCAGAGCUGACAUUGUGGGAGAAGAAUGAGGUUAGCGUGGUGGUGUCUCUCAUCACCAUGAUUGCCCCAUCAGCCUUUGAGCUGGUGUCCCAGCUGGAGAUGUACCACCCAAGGACCAGCCUUCGCUUCCAGCUGGCCAGGGUGCUGGUCCUGUACCUGGGGAACCUCUACAGCUUAAUCAUCGCUCUGCUGGACAAGGUCAACAGCAUGAGCUCAGCUAAUCCGGUCAAUAAUGGGAACUGGACAGACUCCACUGCCUUCCUGGCCACCAUCGCUCUGCCUGAGGAGGAGAACCUGUCCACCAUCUUGUCCAAUGCCUCUGAGAAGCAGAACAGUACCUUUGUCCUGGGGUUAGAGGUCAACAGGACCAAGAGCGGUGGCACACAGGUCCUCCUCAACCAGACCGCAUUGUACGGGUACAAUGUGAGGACCCCCCCAGACCAGUGCUGGGAGACGUAUGUCGGACAGGAAAUGUUGAAGCUUUCCAUCAUUGAUAUGAUCUUCACAGUGUUGAGCAUCUUACUGAUUGACUUUAUCCGUGGCCUUUUUGUCCGAUACUUGAGUGACUGCUGGUGCUGGGAUCUGGAGAGCAAGUUUCCCGAGUAUGGAGAAUUUAAAAUAGCUGAAAAUGUUCUCCAUUUGAUAUACAACCAAGGGAUGAUAUGGAUGGGUGCGUUCUUCUCCCCGUGCCUGCCUGCGUUCAACGUGCUAAAGCUGAUUGGUCUGAUGUACCUGCGCAGCUGGGCUGUCCUCACCUGCAACGUCCCCCACCAGCAGGUCUUCCGGGCCUCCCGAUCCAACAACUUCUACUUGGCAAUGCUUUUGUUCAUGCUGUUUCUCUGUAUGCUUCCGACCAUCUUUGCCAUAGUGAGAUACAGACCAUCACAACACUGUGGACCUUUCAGCGGUCAAGAGAAAAUUUACGACAUUAUCUCAGAGACGGUUUCCACGGAUUUCCCCAUUUGGUUUAACAAAGUGAUGAGCUAUGUCACCAGCCCUGUCGUUGUGCUGCCAGCUCUCCUCUUACUGUUCAUGCUGAUAUACUAUCUACAGGCAAUAGCACGGUCAUUGAAAGUCACCAACAAUCAACUGAGAAUGCAGCUUCAGACUGAAAGAACAGAAGAUAAGAAGAAGGUUUUUCAGAUGGCUGCAGCGAGGCUGCAGGACAGCGAGGGGGGUGAUAAAAAGCCGGAGCAGGAGGGUCACAUUUCGGGCCAGGAGUCCUCCGUCUGCUCCCACUCGCCCAGGCGCAACGGAAACAUCGGCAGCGCGGAGUCCCCGGACAGGCCGGCCGGCAGCCUCCGCACCAUCGCCCAGUCCGCCCCGCGUCCCGGAGCUAACCGGCCGUUCGGCGUGUCACGCAGCCCCGCCGCUCCCGUGAUGCAGAAACAUCGAGAGGAGCACUCGCCAAACAGGCAUCCAGGAUAUCUAGGAGCGGCCAGCGGCUCCUGCAGGUCACCGUCCUACCACAGGAUGGCACACAAUCCCAUGUGCCGCCACUCAGAGAACGUCCACUCAGAUCCUCUGUACAGGAAGAGCCUGUGGCCCCCACACAGAGAAGCCUCCGGAAUGGGCCCGGCCCAGCGCCGGUUCCACACCACGCACUACGUGAUCGUCAACGAGCACGACGGCAAAAGGCAGCUGCUGCGGCCUACGGCCCGGACGCCCCGGCGGUACUGUGCCGAAGAGCUGAUGGACAUCCUGGAGCUGUGUCCGCGGAACGUCCGGAGAUUCCCCGCCCACCCGCCUCACCAGUGCUACCAGCCGCACUUCAACGAAGAGGAAGAGGAGGAGACGGCCAGCGAGAGGAGGGCCCCGUUCGCCCCGUCCUGCCGCCCGCACUCCCUGUCCGACCUCCGCCAGCCAGGCCGGCCCAACAGGGCGGACUGCGGGCUCUCGGUCAACAGAGGCCCGGCCAGAGGACCGCGCGGGGUGUGGGACGACCGCGAGGGGAACCGGGACCAUGUACCGCUGCACUACUGCUCCCAGACCAACAUCGAGCCGGUCGAGCUGCCGGCCAGGUACACCGAGCCCCAGGUCAAGCCCAAAACCAGACACAAGGCCGCACUGUCCAUGACCGAAUCGGACACUGACUCCAUCGCAUCCAGCAGUGACCAACAGAACAGCAGCACGGACCAGUACAUCCAGGUCAUCCAUUACAAGGAGAAAGGCCCAAAAUCCAGAGGCAAGCCCCCAAAGCAGGAGCCUAAACCUCAGUUAAAUGUAUCCAGGCCAGGUGAACUAUUCUGCUCAAAUGUCUGAAAAAAAAAUGUUUGUUGUGUAUGUUAUUUAUUACAUAUGUUGUAUUUUAUA